AUGCGCUGGGUGCUCUUGCCAGCUCUCGUCUGGGGGGAGACUUUUCUGCUGGAUGGAUUGGAGCUGUCCACCACGGAGGACCAGAAAAAUGACCAGCCCAUCUACAAGUGGUUUGAGCGGGCCUUCUUCUCAGCCGUGCAGUCCGCAGACUGCACUCACGACGAGACGGGACUGCAGUGCCGAAACAUCCGCGGCGGCUUCGACGAAGAGAGGUGGCAGAACCUCAUUAGCCAGAUGUGGCGACUGGUGGAUGCUGCGACUCGGGUCCCGGCACUGGCGCACGCGGUGGCCAUGUCGUUGUAUUCCUGGAUGUGGUGGGAAGGUCCUGGCAGCGACCGUGUGAACCUCAUCACCGGCCGCUUGGCCUGCGACUUCUUCGCGGCCUCCUUAGCCUUCAACGGCUGCACGGACCCCGCCUUGGGCCUGCAGGAGUUCUACGUGCGGAACUGCCACAUGAGGUGGCGCUAUUUGAUGAUGAUCUCCAGCGAGCUGGGGCGACACCUGGCCCUGGAAAGGGACCUGCUCCAGGCGGCGCAGGUGCUGCGCCAGGCGCAGGGCUACUUCGCGGCCAUGCGCCAGCUUCCUGCCUUUGGGCCUCAUGCAGGAGUUCUGGCCUCGCCACACCACAUCAGUCUCAAUGCCGACUACUUCCCGGCCUCAGUGGUGCAGCAGGGGCCCAUUUGGAGCGCCCGCCUGCCCAUCGCGGAGUUUCUGGAGGAACACUUUGCAACCAUCAAGGGUGAACUGCUGGUGCUCCUGGGCGAAGACAAGUUCUCCUUCAUGAGCCAGGUGACUCGCAACGCGGAGCCGCAGUUUGGCCCCCGGGACGACGACUGGUUGACCGCCUACCUGGUACGGGGCGCGCAGUUCAAUGAGGUGGUUUGCGCCAGCGCGCCAAAGACCUGCCAGCUGCUCCGAAGCCGCCCGGAGCUCGCGCAGUGCGGGUCCGGGCUUUCCGGCUCUGGGUUCCUGCGCAUGCGGCCAGGAGGACGCUUGAAGCCGCACUUUGGCGGGGCCCCGAGGCUCAGCGCUCACUUGGCCUUGCUUGUGCCGGACGGGGAGCUUUUCAUGUCGGUGGGCUACCAGACUGUGAGGUGGGAGGAGGGCAAAGUCAUCACCUUCGACGACACCUUCGUUCACAGCGUGACCCACAACGGCCGAGAGCCGCGCUAUGUCCUGAACGUGUGGAUGUGCCAUCCCUGUGACCCAACGGAAGGGCACGGUGCGCCAGGGCGCAUCAUGCCGGAGUACUGCCAUGGUCCUGAGCAGGGCGUGCUUCCGCCGACGGUUCGAUGA